AGAGGCGUCAUUUGGUGAAAACACAGGAGUACUGAGCUGCUAUCGAUCACACGUAACACGGAGAAGGCAACAGGCACUGGGCUGCACACCAAACAUUUUUCAUACUGCAGUGAAAUGAGGGUAAAAUGGGAGCCAAAGAGUCAAGGAUAGGCUUCCUUUCUUACGACGAGGCCGUCAAAAGAGUCACGGAUGUGGAGCUCAAACGGCUGAAGGAUGCCUUCAAGAGGACCAGCGGCGUGUCCUACUACAUGACCCAGCAGUGCUUCUACAGGGAAGUGCUGGGAGAUGGGGUCCCACCCAAGGUGGCAGAGGUGAUCUACACCUCAUUCGGUGGCACCUCCAAAGGGCUCCACUUCAACAACCUCAUCGUUGGGCUGGUCCUGCUCACUCGAGGCCGAGAUGAGGAGAAAGCCAAAUACAUCUUCAGCCUGUUUGCCAGCGAGUCGGGCAGCCACAUCACACGGGACGAUGUGGAGAGCAUGCUGCGCGCUGUGGACGGCCAAGUCCCGCCUUCGCUCAGGAAGUGCUUCGCAGAGGGAGAGAAAGUCCAUUACGAGCGCUUCAGGAACUGGCUGCUCCAGAACAAAGAGGCUUUCACCUUCUCACGCUGGCUACUGUCCGCAGGCGUAUGCGUCACCCUGACCGACGACAGCGACACACCCACCUUCUACCAGACCCUGGCCGGGGUCACACACUUAGAAGAAUCAGACAUCAUCGAUUUGGAGAAGCGCUACUGGCUACUGAAGGCUCAAUCGCGGACGGGUCGCUUCGACUUGGAAACCUUUGUCCCACUGGUCUCACCUCCCAUCCACGCGUCUCUCGGUGAAGGCCUGUUCCACGCCUUUGAUGAGAACCGGGACAAUCACAUCGACUUCAAGGAGAUCUCGUGCGGCCUGUCUGCCUGCUGUAGAGGGCCUGUGGCCGAGAGACAGAAGUUCUGUUUCAAGGUGUUUGAUGUGGACCGCGAUGGCGUCCUGUCCAGACAAGAGGUCCACGAGAUGGUGGUGGCCCUACUGGAGGUGUGGAAGGACAACCGCACGGACACCCUGCCUGAACUGCUCGCCAAUGUGUCGGACAUAGUCGAGGGGAUUCUGAAGAUGCACGACACCACCAAGAUGGGCCACUUGACCCUGGAGGACUACCAGAUCUGGAGUGUGAAAAGCGCCCUUGCCAAUGAGUUCCUCAACCUGCUGUUUCAGGUGUGUCACAUAGUGCUGGGUCUGAGACCAGCCGCUCCUGAGGAGGAGGGCCAGAUCAUCAGGGGCUGGCUGGAGAGGGAGAGCAGGCAUGGGCUGCAGGCGGGACAGAACUGGUUCCUCAUCUCCAUGCAGUGGUGGCAGCAGUGGAAAGACUACGUCAAAUAUGACAACAGGGCCAUUGUGGUGGAGCAGCCGUCCAUCGUGGGCGCGGGCAGGAGGAGCCCCCAGUCGUGCGCCAGCGCGGAGCCCGCCUCCACGGCCACCUCGCGGGCGGGCUACAGCAACGGCGGCGGGGUCACCCGCUCGUCCAGCUCCUCGGAGGAAAAGUCGUCUGACAACAUCUCCAGCGCGUCCGAGGCCGCCGAGAGCCCCAACACUAGUGAGUGGGCGCACAUGAGCUCGUCGGCCACGGACCUGUGCUUCGCACGUCAGCACAACGCCUCGGACAACAACAACCAGUGCUUCUCCAGUGCCAACGGACACCUGCCCACAAACCUCACCUCACAGAGACCCGGGGCCAUCGACAACCAGCCGCUAGUCCUCACCGAGCCCAUGAAGGCUCCAACACUCACCAUGGAGGGUGGGCGGCUCAAAAGGUCCCCGCCGCUGACCGUGGGCCGGGACUUUGAGACCGUUCCAGAGCCUGUGUGGAGAGCGCUCUACCACUGGUACGGUGCCAACCUCAGCCUGCCACGACCGGUCAUCCAGCACACCAAGACGGGCCAUCCGGAGCUGGAGCUCUUCCCCCGUUACCUGCUCUUCCUGCGGCAGCAGCCGGCCACGCGCACCCCCCAGUCCAACAUCUGGGUGAACAUGGGUAACGUGCCGUCCCCUAAUGCCCCCCUGAAGCGGGUGCUGGCCUACACAGGCUGCUUCAGCCGGAUGGGCACCAUCAAGGACAUCCACGAGUACCUGUCUCAGCGGCUGCGCAUCAAGGACGAGGACAUGCGACUCUGGCUGUACAACAGCGAGAAUUACCUCACCCUCUUGGACGACGAGGAUCACACACUAGAGAGUCUGAAGAUUCCAGACGAGCAGCACUUAGUAAUUGAAGUUCGAAACAAAGAUAUGAGCUGGCCUGAGGAAAUGUCGUUCAUUGCCAACAGCAGUAAAAUCGACCGUCACAAAGUCCCCACAGAGAAGGGUGCCACGGGCCUGAGUAACCUGGGCAACACAUGCUUCAUGAACUCCAGCAUCCAGUGUGUGAGCAACACCAAGCCCCUCACGGACUACUUCAUCUCAGGGAGGCACCUCUACGAGCUCAACAGGACCAAUCCCAUUGGAAUGCGCGGUCACAUGGCCAAGUGCUAUGGGGAUUUGGUGCAGGAGCUGUGGAGUGGAACACAGAAGAAUGUGGCGCCCCUAAAGCUCAGGUGGACGAUAGCUAAGUACGCUCCACGAUUCAACGGCUUUCAACAGCAGGACUCCCAAGAGCUGCUGGCCUUCCUGCUGGACGGCCUCCACGAGGACCUGAACCGCGUCCACGAGAAGCCCUACGUGGAGCUCAAGGACAGCGACAUGCGGCCCGACUGCGAGGUGGCCACAGAGGCGUGGGAUAACCAUCUGAGGAGGAACCGCUCCAUCGUGGUGGACUUGUUCCAUGGUCAGCUCAAGUCCCAGGUCAAGUGUAAGACGUGCGGCCACAUCAGCGCCCGAUUCGAUCCCUUCAACUUCCUGUCCCUACCUUUGCCUAUGGACAGCUCCAUGCACUUAGAGAUCACAGCGAUCAAGCUGGACGGCUCGACGCCCGUGCGAUACGGCCUGCGUCUCAACAUGGACGAGAAGUACACGGGCCUGAAGAAGCAGCUGAGCGAGCUGUGCGGACUCAAGCCAGAACAGAUCCUGCUGGCCGAGGUCCACAACUCCAACAUCAGGAACUUUCCACAGGACAAUCAGAAGGUGCGCUUGUCUGUGAACGGCUUCCUCUGUGCAUUUGAGAUCCCGGUACCGGGAUCACCUACCUCUGUCACCUCCCCAACACAAUCAGAAAGCACACCCACGGCCAAUGGGACAGCAGCCAACGGUCACAUUGGGAAACCCAGCCUGAUCCCCAACGGAAUACCAAGCACGGUGGUGCCAUGCUCCCCGGAGAAACCCCUUGCCAAUGGCAUUCCCAAUGGACACGCCGUGCCAGUCCAGGACAGCCCCUUCAUUGGUUACAUCAUCGCUAUGCACAGGAAGAUGAUGCGGACGGAGUUGUACUUCCUGUCCUCUCAGAAGAACCGGCCCAGUCUGUUCGGCAUGCCGCUGAUCGUGCCCUGCACGGUGCACACCAGCAAGAAGGACCUGUACGACGCCGUGUGGAUCCAGGUCUCCCGGCUGGCCAGCCCACUGCCCCCACAGGAGGCCAGCAACCACGCACAGGACUGUGAUGACAGCAUGGGCUACCAGUACCCCUUCACCCUGCGCGUGGUGCAGAAGGAUGGCAACUCCUGUGCCUGGUGCCCCUGGUACAGGUUCUGCCGAGGCUGCAUGGUGGACUGCUGCGAGGACAGGGCCUCCCUGGGGAACGCCUACAUCGCCGUGGACUGGGACCCCACCGCCUUGCACCUGCGCUACCAGACCUCCCAGGAGAGGAUAGUGGAGGAGCACUCCAGCGUGGAGCAGAGUCGGAGGGCCCAGGCCGAGCCCAUCAGCCUGGACAGCUGUCUGCGGGCCUUCACCAGCGAGGAGGAGCUGGGCGAGGACGAGCUCUACUACUGCUCCAAGUGCAAGACCCACCGGCUGGCCACCAAGAAGCUGGACCUCUGGAGGCUGCCCCCAGUCCUGAUAGUACAUUUGAAACGGUUCCAGUUCGUUAAUGCUCGCUGGAUCAAGUCCCAGAAGAUCGUGAAGUUCCCCAGGGAGGGCUUCGACCCCAGCGCCUUCCUGGCCCCGCGCGACCUGGAGAGAAGCCUGCGGGAGGAGGCCCUGAGGGUGGUGGCGGGGGCUGGAGGCGACGCGCCCUCCUCGGCAGCCAGUGGUACCAUCUGCAGCAUCUCCUCAGUCUCCUCCAGCACAGUCAGCAGCCUGUCCAGCACACCCAAAGCGUCCCCAGCGCUGGCUCGUCGGUCGGGCAGCCCGCUGAAGGGCUCCAGCCCUGCGGGGAGCCCCAAGACCGGCGGCAGUGGCGGCGGGCGUAAGCAGGGCCGCCUGCGCUUGCCCCAGCUGGGCAGCCGCCACCGGCUCUCCACCAGCAAGGAGAACCUGGACAGCAGCAGCCUGAACGUGACCAGCGGAAGCGCGGGCAGCGCCACCAGCGGCAGCGUCAAGGAGAGCGGGCCCGAGCCAGAUGCCAGCUCCGUGACGGAGGUGGAGGCCUUCGUGCCCCUGGGGCCGGACGCCGUGACGACGGCAGCGGCGGGCCAGGAGGAAGGGACGCUGGACUCCUGGUCGGAAGAGGCUUCCGGAAGCGAGAACGACGGGGUCGUGAUGAACGGGCUGGGGACGGACGGCGGCCACGGCAACACCAACGGCCACGCAGAGACCAACGCAGAAGUGGAGACCGCUCUUCACCAAAGAGACCAAAUCUGCCUGCAGCCUGUAUACAAUUUGUAUGCAAUCUCCUGCCAUUCAGGUAUCAUGGGAGGGGGCCACUAUGUGACUUACGCCAAAAACCCCAAUGAGAAAUGGUACUGUUACAACGACAGCAGCUGCAAGGAGGUGCACUCUGGGGAGAUUGACACAGACUCUGCCUACAUCCUCUUCUACGAGCAGCAGGGAGUGGACUACUCGCAGUUUCUGCCAAAGACUGAUGGCAAAAAGAUGGCCGACACCACAAGCAUGGACGAGGACUUUGAGUCGGACUACAAGAAGUACUGCGUCAUUCAGUGAUGUCACGUUCUUCCACAGAAGCACUUUACGCGUGAGACGCACGCAUAGGCGAGGUGCAAGGCUGGCGAGGAGAGGGGCCGCUGGCAAGUUGUCCGAGUGUCAAGCACAAAGGGUCUCCUUCUUUUAAAGAAUCACAAGCUGAGUUUUUCUUCAUUGCUGACCACCAUGUUGGAUAGAGGUAACUUACAGCUUACUUAGGUGUGCGACUUUGCAGUGUGUCUGACUGACUGAAUGAAUGAGAGAGGAAAUGAAAGAACAAUAUUAUUUUUUAUUGUUGCCAAGUGAACAAAAGCACCCCAUUUUUAGCACGAAAUGGACCAACAUGAGCUCACUGUACUACUCACCAUAUAGCCCACUCCCCCUCCAAAAGAAUGUGUGUGACACCAUACACAUAGAUGUACACGCAUCUAUAUGUAUGGUUGUGGGGAAGGAAGCAUGACACACUUACAGGCCUGAACUGACGUGUCUCUUUAGAAGAAGCCUGCUGUCUGUGCUGUAGGCUGCCACGGCCCGCCAUGACAAGCACACAAUCAGUAUUUGAAUAUCUGUAAAACUAACAGAAAAAGAGUAUCUCAUUCAGUCAUUGGCCAAACCAAAACAUUUUCCAAAGGUUUGCUUUUUAUCAGAUGUCAUACCUCACUACCUCAGUUUUCUUUUCAUUAUUUCUUUAUGAAGCAAAUUGUAAUAAGAAAAAUGAUCAGCGUGUCAUACCCACCGUAGAAAAUCAGUCACAUUUCUGAAGACUCUUUCUUUUUCUCCUGGGGCCCAUGGGACCAUUAAGCUCCCCAAAUCAUGAUGAAUGAAGAUGAAUUACAGUCAUAGUUUUCAGACUCUUUAACUGCCAAUUCCUCAUUUUGUGCUCAGAUGAACCAUAUUGACUCCUGAGGAGAAUUGAUUUGUGGUUAUUGUGGUUAUAACUUCAGUUUGAAUCUAGUACAGCAUGAGGAUAGGUGCCACAUGGAAUACAUCUCAAUGAAACAACAUAAUGUUAUGUUUAAUUUAUUGCUAUUUUUGUUUAUUUUGGAAUAUUGAUUAUUAGAGUAAUCUAUUUUUAUUUAUGUACUUUUUUAAGCACAGUUUGUUUGUUUGUUAGCAAGGACUUCUUUUUUUUGUUUGUUUGUUUGUUUGUUUGUUUUUUCGCUGCAAGGACCGAAGUAAACACAUAUCAGUCUGCUCUGCCAUUUCACUACUAUGUAUAGCUUGGUCAUCUCAUCUCCGCUUAAUAGAAUGUCAACGCUUGAUCCGUUUUCCCCUCCCUUCUUCGCGGAAGUCUCUUUGAUGCCACUGACUAAGAUCUGUAGCCAAAUGCACUCAAACCUGCUGUUGCUAGAUAUGGAAGAGGUUUUGUAUUGUCAAGCCAAAGUUUGAUACAAGUUGCCUGGAGAGAUAGGAAUGGCUUGCCCAGAGAUAGGAGACUGGGUCUCACUGGACAUUUGGUAGAUGUUCUAGGAAACCUCAGAGUUUCUUUUUGUAGACCGCGGUUGAUGGAGACCUGUGCCGAAGCGUGGAGAUUGGCGGUAGCAUUUAAUUUGAAACUCUUAAAUCUGCAUCACCACUGUGAAGAGAGAUGUUGAACAACGAAUAGUGAAUGUUUGGUGGUUGCUAUUAUUGUUGUUGUUUUGCUUUCUGUAUAUUGAUGGUUGUAUGAUUCUAUGAAUCUCCUCUGAGUGGAGGGCAUUAAGCCUUACUGAGCUUGUAGAGAUCAAUGUGCCCCCCC